ACCAAUUAUUGUUUAAAUCACAGGUUGUACUACGUUUCACCACACGAACGAAUCGGUGCUCUUUCGAUUUUAUAUAUAUAUACUAGUAUAUAUAUUUCCAUCGCGAAAUCGACGAUUAUCAAAGAUGAGCGACAACGUCGUAGGGCUGGGCGCCUGGGACUACGUCCUCUUCGCGAUUAUGUUGGUGGUUUCGGCUGCCAUCGGGAUUUAUUCGGCAUGUUCCGGGGGACGGCAGCGAACAGCCGACGAGUACUUACUGGGUAAUCGUGAGAUGAGCAUCAUACCUGUUGCUCUUUCAAUGAUGGUUAGCUAUAUAUCGGCCAUCUCUGUCCUGGGUUUACCUGCCGAGAUUUAUAUGUUCAAUACCAUGUUCAUUUGGAACACCGUUGGUUAUGCAAUAGGAGCAUUGGUUGCCGCCCAGAUGUUUGUACCAAUGUUCUUUGAAUUGAAACUAACCAGUAUAUAUGAGUACUUGGAGCUUCGUUUCAACAAAUGCAUUCGUGUGAUAAACAUUUGUAUUUUCUUCUUUCAAAUGUUUUUUUACAUGGGAAUCGUAAUCUACACACCAGCUCUUGCAUUAAACGCAGCAACCGGAAUGAGUCUAUCUGUAAGCAUCAUCUCAACGGGAUUCGUGUGCAUCUUUUAUACAACGAUAGGAGGAAUGAAAGCAGUUCUGUGGACCGAUACGUUCCAGACCUUUGUGAUGGUUGCAGGGGUCAUAGCCAUCAUCAUCGCGGGGACAGCCAAAGUUGGUGGAUUCGAUGAAGUUUGGAAAAGAGCUGAAGAUGGCGGUAGAAUAGUUUUCUUUGACAUGAGGCCAGAUUUGACGAUAAGAAACUCGUUUUGGUCAGUCAACAUCGGAGCCACAAUAAUCACCUUUGCGACCUACGGUAUGAACCAGGCCAUUGUACAGAGAUGCCUCAGUCUUGGAUCCAUCAGAAAGGCAAAAUGGGCUAUAUCACUGGCUGUGCUGUCACAAUGGACGGUUCUCAUCCUCAUGUCUUUGUCUGGUGUGGUUAUGUACGCCUAUUACUUUAACUGUGACCCUCACACCCAGGGCAAGGUCUUCAGCCCGGAUCAGAUCAUGCCAUACAUGGUGAUGGAGGUAUUCGCUAAGAUGCCAGGAAUCCCUGGAAUAUUCUUGUCUUCAGUUCUUAGUGCCUCCCUUAGUACAUUGUCAUCCGGAUUGAACGCUUUGGCAGCGGUAGCUGGAGAGGAUAUAUUCAAGGCUAUAUGGCCAAAUCUAAAUGGAAGAACCUACACCAUUAUUACGAAAUUAUUAUCUUUUUUCUUCGGCUUAGUCGCGAUUGGAGUGGCCUUUCUUGCCAUGGUGAUGGGGGAUCAAGUGCUCAUGAUGGGCUUGUCUAUCUAUGGUCUUACAUACGGGGCUGUCGUCGCAACAUUCACCCUUGGAUUUUGCUGCCCGAGAAUUAAUUAUAAAGGUGUUUUGGUUGGUACUAUAGUGAGCAUUGGUAUAAUGACAUGGCUGAAAGUUGGAAAGAUGUAUGCAGAUAAUAUCAGAUCAGACGUUCUACCGCUCUCUGUAGAAGGCUGUACUGUUGAGCAGAACUCCACUAACUUAACAUAUUAUACCACCAUGGUCACCGAGGUCGAGACAUGGACAUCGAUCACGGAAUCAUCGACCAACGAGACACAGACUGAUGAUGAAAGAACAGCGUUAGAAAAUUUCUACUCGUUGUCUUAUCACCUGUACGGUUCUCUUGGAUUUCUCAUCACAAUAGCUGUAGCUUUCAUUGUCAGUGCCGUGACAGGUUUUAAUGAUCCAGAGACGAUAGAUCGAAAAUUACUUAUCAACGUCGGAGAUGCUUUUUGUUGUUGUCUCCCUGCGAAAUGGCAGAGAAAGUUCAAUAUCACAAGUAAUUAUGACGUUACCGAUGACAAAUAUCCAGAUACCAAGACAAUUCAACCCAUCAAUGGAACGGCGUACACCAAAAUUCCCGUGGAUGAAACGUCAAAGGAAAAUGAGUUCUUGCCAUCUUAUCUCGAUGUCACACACAGACCAUCAAAACCUGAGUCAAUAACAACAACUGUGUAAGGUCUAAUGUAGCAAGCAACAUCAGAGAUGUGAACUACAUGUAUAUAUAAAAAACAUCAUUCGAUGGAUUGUAGAUUGUUCGAACGUUGUAUGGGAGUUUGAUCAAUAUUAUGCGAAUGUUUUCAGAACGUGAUCUUUAAUUUAAAAAAAAUUAAUGUGCGGUACAAUCAAGUUACGAUUGUUGAUGGUAUUUGCCAAUAACCAAGCCCUGAUCGUUUUUGUGACCGAGUUCUAUUCAAAUCACAUCAAUGUUCACCAUAUACCGUAUACUGUAUGAUAUCCAGUAUGCCUAACAUAAUCGUGUCCCGUUCUAAAAGUGUCGAUCCACGUUCAUAUUGGGGCAAAAGUAAAUUGCAAAAUUUUCGGCGCGUUCUGUUGUAAAUUUUGAAUGGUUAAAGGACGAGUCUACCCCAAUAAACAGUUGAUUUGAAUGAAAGGAGAAAAAUCCAAGAAGCAUAACACUGCAAAUUUCUUUAAAUUCGGAUGUAAAA